GCUGGACCUGGCUGGCUGACAAGCGGCCCUGGGCUCGGCGGCGCCUGCGCUGCCCUCGCGAUCGACCGAGCGGACCAGCGCCUCCUCCAACCCAGCCAAGCAGAAGCCCCGCCAGCAGCGCAGCGCAAGGCAGCCGGGGAGCCGCUCGCCCGCCCGCCCUUCCUCGCCCGCCUUGGACGCUUCCCCGCCGCCUUUGGGGGGCGGACGCCCCUCCGUCCUUCUCGCCAGCCCAGCCGCCGCAUCCUCCCUCGCCCCGGGGCGCAUCUGGCCAGAGGUGGCGCGGCCGGCGGGGGCGCCGCGGGGGUCGCACAGCCUCGCCCGGCAUCGCCCCGAAAGGCCACGGCGCUUAAGGUGGCCUUGGCGACGGAUCGGAGCGGCUCCCGGGGGCGAUGAGCGCCUCGCCUCCGCCUGGGGGCGUUUAAGAAACGACAUGGAAGCGGUUGGAAAAUUUGAAUUCAGCAGGAAAGAUCUGAUCGGGCAUGGAGCUUUUGCUGUGGUCUUCAAAGGGAGGCACAAAGAGAAGCCCGAAGUUGAAGUGGCCAUCAAAUGCAUCAACAAGAAAAACUUGGCGAAAUCCCAGACUCUCUUGGGGAAGGAGAUCAAGAUAUUGAAGGAACUGAAACAUGAUAACAUCGUGGCUCUCUACGACUUCCAGGAAAUGGCAAACUCCGUUUAUUUGGUGAUGGAGUACUGCAACGGUGGGGAUUUGGCUGACUAUUUGCACAGUAUGAGAACUCUCAGCGAAGACACAAUCCGUCUCUUUUUCCAGCAAAUUGCAGGCGCCAUGAGAGUUUUGCAUAGCAAAGGCAUCAUUCACAGGGAUCUCAAGCCCCAGAAUAUUCUGCUUUCCUUCACGGGCAGCAAGAAGUUGAACCCGAAUAACAUCCGGAUCAAGAUCGCUGAUUUUGGAUUUGCACGCUACCUACAGAAUAAUAUGAUGGCGGCGACGCUAUGCGGGUCUCCCAUGUACAUGGCCCCAGAAGUAAUUAUGUCUCAACAUUACGAUGCCAAAGCUGAUCUGUGGAGCAUUGGGACGAUAAUCUACCAGUGCCUGACGGGGAAAGCACCAUUUCAGGCCAGCAGUCCUCAAGACCUGCGUCUCUUCUACGAGAAAAACAAGUUGCUGGUGCCAAACAUCCCAAGGGAAACCUCUGCCCAUUUGAGACAACUCCUCUUAGGGCUGUUGCAACGAAAUUACAAAGACCGAAUGGAUUUUGAUGAAUUUUUCCACCACCCCUUCCUGGAUGCCAGUACUUCUAUGAAAAAAUCUGCUUCUGUGCCAAUGCCUUCUUACCCAAGCUUGGGCUCCGGAAGCUCUUCUAGCAGUUCCUCCACUUCUCACUUAGCAUCACCUCCUUCGCUUGGUGAGAUGCCCCAUCUCCAGGAGAAGACCCCAGCCUCCCCACAGCCAGACUCCCCAGCUUUUCUCCACCGGUCAAAGGAAUCAGCGGAAAGCAGCAGCAAAAAUUCAUCCUGCGACACCGAUGACUUUGUGAUGGUGCCAGCCCAGUUUACAAGUGACAUCGCUACGGAAGUUACCGGAGGCAAAUUGAUCCAGGACAGUCUGAUGGGAAGUGGGAGCUCCCUGGUGACUUCUGCUGACUUGGAAAGCCAAGGAAGGACUCCAUCUCCUUCUCCUCCAUACAGCAGUUCUCCCAGCCCAUCCGGGCGAUCCAGCCAAUUUUCACCCGGCACUAGACCUGGACAAUCAAUACCCAUUCCAGUCCCUACACAGAUCCAAAAUUACCGCCGGAUUGAGCAGAAUCUUCAAUCCCCCAAUCAAUAUACUUUGCCUCGGUCUAAUCCUGUCAAACGAUCUGGCAGCACGAGUCCACUUGGCUUCCUGAAAGCCAGCCCGUCCCCCCCGUUUUCGGCUGGGGAGCAUGGAACAGUGCCAUCCCCUAGAAGGUUCUCCUUUGGUGGUGCCAAGCCUUACACACCUUCUCCUCAAGUUGGAACAAUUCCAGAACAGUCAGACCAGAUGAUCAUCCCGUGUCCUCUCGGAGCUGAGUUGAGAACUCGGGUGCCCAUAUCAGAUGCUUCAGGAUCAGACCCUUCUAUGCGAGGACUGGGCUACCGUCUUCACAGCGCUCCCAACCUCUCCGACUUCCAUUCCUGCCGGCAAAAAGUCACCAAACAGUACUCGGAUCCUCUGGUCCCCCACUUCAGCCCCAUCCCAGCUGCUCAAGCCACGCGUCUAUCCAGCCUUCAGUCUGGUCGGCCCCUCAGGUCUUCUCCAAAGCUCUCCGAAUUCAUGCAGAGGACUCCCUUGCCCACCAUUUUGGGUUCUCCAACCAAGGCAAGGUCCCCCUUUGAAUUCAGUAAAAACUCCAGCUCCCAAAACCUGUUCACUCUCUUGGCCCACCAAGCUGUUGUCAUCACGCCAACGAGAAACAAGACCCUGCCAGAUUUGAAAGAAAUGGGGCACUUGCCUUACCAACAAGGGGGUCUCAGCUUGAGGCCAAUGGAAGACGCCAAAGGCAGAUCACUCAGCACUGGCCGCCUCACCGACCUGCUUCUGAAAGCUGCUUUUGGGGAAAAUGGCAAUAAUGAUAGCCUCAACAACGAGAAGCCCAUGGAGAUAACAGCUCCUUCCAUGGGUUGUGGAGGAAUCCUUCACUCGGGGGCCAGAGAAGGUGGCUCAGGAAGCCCUUCACCAGUGGUCUUCACCGUUGGGUCACCUCCUGCUGGGACAACACCACCGCAAACCACCCGAACCAGAAUGUAUUCAGUCGGAUCCUCAAGCUCUCUUAGUUCCGGAGGAUCUUUCAGUGGGCGCCACUUCAUUAUGGGAGCCGGUGGGGAAAUCCUUGAAGCUCCAUCAGGGCUCAGAUAUACUUUGGCUGACCCAAUUGCUGCUAACCUGGAAGGAGCCGUCACCUUUGAGGCACCUGAGCUACCAGAGGAGACCCUCAUGGAACAAGAGCACACGGACAUCUUGUGCAGCUUGAGGUUCACAUUGGCUUUUGUCCACUAUGUGAUGGAGCUCGCCGCCAUCAAAGGUAGCGCCAAUGAGAUGUCCAGCUCAGUGGCCUCAGAGUACCAGCUCCAGGAAAGCGUCGUUGCUGACCAAAUCAGUUUGCUCAGCAAGGAAUGGAGCUACGCAGAACAGCUGGUCUUGUACUUGAAAGUGGCUGAAUUGCUGUCCGCCGGACUUCAGAUGGCCAUUGACCAGAUCCGGGCAGGCAAGCUGUGUCUCUCUUCCACCGUCAAGCAAAUUGUGAGAAAACUCAACGAUCUGUAUAAAAGCAGCGUCACUUCGUGCCAUCACCUGAACUUAAGGUUGCAGAGGUGGUUCAUGGACAAGCAGAAGCUCAUGGACCGCAUCAACAGCAUCACAGCGGAGAAGCUCAUCUUCAGCCACGCUGUGCAGAUGGUCCAGGCUGCUGCUUUGGAUGAGAUGUUCCACCACCGAGAAGACUGUGUCCAAAGAUACCAGAAAGCGUUGCUCUUGAUGGAAGGUCUCUUGAACUUCAUCACCGAGCAAGGAGAUGUUGAGAACAUCAAUAAAUGUAAAAUGUGCAUUGAACGACGGCUGUCCAGCUUGCUAACAGGAAUCUGUGCAUGACAAUAGGAUGUAUUUAUUUUUUCCACACAGGAGUAGCGCCUCUUUCCUGCUAAGCCUGGUGUAAACUGUGGGACAGG